GGCUAAAGUUUUACCGUUCGGCUGGAGCUCGCGAGCGACGCCAUUCAAGAGUUUUAAGUUCGGUUGGAGAUGCCCUUAAUAACGAGAGAAUAGAUGUUUACAAUAUGAUAAUGAUCUCAGGAUUUGCACAAUGUCCACGGGAAGUGAUGUAAAUGGUGCCAAACUGUACCAGUAUCUCUCCGCUAUUCCUGCUCCUCCGUCGCUGGAAUCAGUGACCCAGCUCGUCUUUCCUCCUUAAAGCGAUCGGCGGAGCUCAACCUUCGAUGGACUCAUCUCCCCUUCUUCCAUUUCCCUCUUCCCCCUCCCCUUCUUCCGCCGCCAUGGUCGGCGUCGUCGACUAUCGCGGCCGCCCUGCCUCCCGUUCAUCUUCCGGCCGGUGGACCGCUGCUCUCUUUAUCAUCGGAGUGGAGAUUGCGGAGAGGUUUGCGUACUAUGGGAUUUCUUCGAACCUCAUUACGUAUCUCACAGGGCCGCUCCAUGAAUCGACGGCGGCGGCGGCUGCUGCCGUUAAUACUUGGUCGGGAGUGUCGUCGAUGCUACCGCUCGCUGGCGCAUUCGUGGCCGAUUCGUAUUUCGGACGUUACAAGACGAUUCUUUUCGCUUCUCUGCUCUACAUUUUGGCCUUGGGUCUGCUGACCCUUUCCUCCAUGCUGCCAUCCCUUCGUCCACCCAAGUGUUCCAUCGAUGUUGGCAAGGUUUGCAGUCCAAAUCAUUUCCAAACAGGCUUCUUCUAUUUCGCAAUCUACCUUGUUGCACUUGCUCAAGGUGGCCACAAGCCUUGCACGCAGGCAUUUGGCGCUGAUCAGUUUGACGAGAAGGACCCUGAAGAGAGCAUCUCAAGGAGCUCUUUUUUUAACUGGUGGUAUUGUGGUAUAUGCUUGGGCACAGCCGUGACGAUUAUAAUCUUGAAUUACGUGCAAGAUAAUAUUAGUUGGGCCCUUGGAUUUGGGAUACCGUUUAUUUCCAUGGGACUUGCUCUCAUUUUAUUUUUGCUCGGAACUAAGACAUAUCGCUUUUACCAACUGGAAGGUGAAAAUCCUUUCCAUAGAAUUGGGAAAUCAUUCGUUAGUCUUGCGAAAAGUCGCUUGGCGUCUUCACAUGCAUUGACUGGGAGCCAGACCUCCACGUCUGAUGGACCUGAUCAUAACAAGCUUGAGACUGGUGAAGCACCAGAUACAAUCCAAACAGAAGAAGCAAAAGGAGUGCUUCGAUUGGUACCAAUAUGGGCUACAAGCUUAAUAUAUGCUGUGGUCUUUGCACAAUCAUCAACCUUUUUCACCAAGCAAGGGAGCACCCUUGACCGGAGUAUCGGUUCAAGCUUCCAAGUUCCACCUGCGGCCUUGCAGAGCUUCAUCAGUAUCUCCAUUGUUGCAUUCAUUCCAAUCUAUGAUCGAAUCCUAGUUCCUAUGUCUAGAAAAUUUUCUAGGAUUCCUACAGGAAUCACACAACUCCAAAGGAUUGGGGUUGGAAUGGUCCUUUCACUAAUAUCAAUGGCAAUUGCAGCCCUAGUUGAGGUCAAGAGAUUGAAAACCGCCAAAGAUUAUGGGCUGAUAGAUCAACCGAAGACGGCAAUUCCAAUGAGUCUUUGGUGGUUAGUUCCUCAGUAUGUCAUCUUUGGCAUUGCUGAUGUGUUUACGAUGGUUGGCUUGCAGGAAUUUUUCUAUGAUCAGGUCCCUGAUGCACUGAGGAGUCUUGGGCUUGCUCUCUACCUUAGCAUUUUUGGCAUUGGAAGCUUCAUUAGUAGCUUACUCAUAACUGUCAUCGAUGAGACAACUAGUAUGAGUGGAGAGAGCUGGUUCUCUGAUAAUCUGAACCGGGCUCAUCUUGAUUAUUUCUACUGGCUUCUUGCUGGUCUCAGUGCUGCAGAGCUGAUCAUCUACCUGUACUUUGCACGAUCUUAUAUAUACAAGAAGAAACAAAAUACUGCAUUUUAGCAUUAUGGUGCUUCUUCACAAGACAUUUUAGCAUUAAGGGCUUUCUUGGAUUGAGCGCCCGUUCAUUUUUUAAUCUGGGAGUGCUGUGUUGUGAUUCUUCUUUUGUAAUGUUCUGAUUUCUUCAUGGGGAAUUUUCUCUGAGUUUCUGUCUGUAAAUGUAGAUGAAAAUUUUACUGAACCACGUAAUGGCACUCGGUGCUCUCUUUAUUUGUGAUUGUGCAUUUCAUUCUUGCUUUUA